AAUUAUAAUAAUAUGAAUCUUGAUUGGGUUCUUUCGGGUUUUCUAAACCCAGUAGAUUCCCAAGAAGAGGGCUUUUGCUCUGCACCAUCUUUCCCGAACUCUGAUUCCAUCUCUAAACCACUGUACUGGGAAGUCACUAACCCUACACUCUCCCCUUCCCAUCUCCGAGACUUGCCGGGUUUUACAAGGAGUGUAUAUAAGAGAGACCAUGCUUUGAUCACUCCUGAAAGUCAUGUGUUCAGCCCUUUACCGGAUUGGACAAACACCCUUGCAGCGUUUCUAAUCACGCCCAAAAUGGGAUCACAUUUUGCUAUGUACUUGGCAAAGAUGCAAGAAAAUUCAAUAUCCGGGCUUCCUCCAGCUGGUGUUGAAAGGUGGGAAGGCUGUUAUAAUUAUACUUUCGCGACUUUCUUUUUCAGCAAAAAAACAAACUACUUCCGUUGUUCUCCGCUCUCACACACAAUUUACUAUUGCCAAUCUGGUUGAUACUUGUAAGGUCUGCGUACACACAAACUACUUGGGUUUGUUGUUGUUGUUGUAAUCAGGUUUAUAUUUGUGGUUGAUGGAAAUGUAGUUUUGAGUAAUGCAUCUGGAAAAAGCCACACACUGAAGGUGGACUCUUAUGCAUAUUUGCCUCCGGAUGCCGAACACACUGUGAAGUCUGAUGUAUCUGCUACCCUUGUUGUAUUCGAGAGAAGGUUUUCUUUAAGUUCUUGGCAUUCACAUUUUUUAAUGCACUCUAUAUUCCAUUAGUUCAUUUGGUUAUAAAAAAAAUUAUUCCUACCCCAUUUUUACUGCCGGCACAAGUCUUGUUCUCCUUCAGAUAUUCCAAGAUAGAAAAUCAUGCCAGCAGAGAGAUUGUUGGCUCAACAGACCGUCAACCCCUGCUUGAAACCCCCGGCGAGGUCUUUGAACUGAGGAAGCUUCUUCCCACAUCUUUAGAUUACGAUUUCAAUAUUCACAUCAUGGAUUUUCAACCUGGGGAGUUCCUGAAUGUAAAGGAGGUCCAUUACAACCAGCAUGGUUUGUUGCUUUUGGAGGGGCGCGGUAUAUAUCGACUUGGUGAUAGCUGGUACCCUGUCGAGGCGGGGGAUGCUAUUUGGAUGGCGCCAUUUGUGCCUCAAUGGUAUGCAGCUCUGGGUAAAACUCGCACGCGUUAUUUGUUGUAUAAAGAUGUUAAUAGGAACCCAAUAUUUUAGAAACAAUCUCUGUAUUUCCAUGGGAUUUUUAUUGUUCGUGUUAUAGCCCAUAUGGGAGAAUAAUGACGUUUAUCAACCUAUUGCUCUUUUUAAAUUGUUCACGUCAAAUAAAUAUAUUGCCUUAGAGCAUCACCAAGUAACAAAUUAGGACAAGAUAA